CCUUAUACCUUAAUUUUCCCAUAUCCAUUAGCAAUGGCCACAAAAGCCUUCUUCUUGGUGGCUCUCUGUCUCUGCAUUCUCCUUCCAUUUUCCACCUCAGAUCAUGGUCCUUUCCGUGUCAUGGGUCGCGUCUACUGUGACACCUGCCGUGCCGGGUUCGAGACCAAUGUCACCACUUACAUUGCAGGUGCGAGGGUGAGAGUGGAGUGCAAAGACAGGGAUAGUUUGGCAGUGAUGUUCAGAGAGGAAGGAGUGACAGAUUCCACAGGAACGUACAGCAUAUUGGUGGAUCACGAUCAUGGCGAUCAGAUGUGUGAGAGCGCGUUUGUGAGCAGCCCUGUUUCAGAUUGCAAAGUGCCAGACCCAGGCCGAAGCAGAUCCACCAUCGUUCUUACUCGUACUCAAAACGGCAUCGUCAAUGAUCUUCAUUAUGCCAAUGCUUUGGGCUGCUUCAAGGACGUGCCUUUGCCUGAAUGCUACCACCUCAUGAAGUACUACCUGGCCGAUGACAUUUAAUUUCGUUGUCUUUCUUAGUUAUUCCAUUAUUUGCUUCAUGUUUUGUUCAUUCUUUGCUGAUUAUUUAGAUCAAUAGGUGUUUAAAUUUAUCUGUGAUCUCUUAGUUAAUAUACCCUUGCUGAUCACGGAUUGUUCAAGUCUACGGUGUUUUGUUUGAUGUGUUAAUACCCAAGUUAAAUAAGAAUGAGCAUCCUCGCCACAUUAUUUUUUAUUUA